AUGAUUAGAGCAACACAAAGUGAAUCACAAACUAAGUCUGCGUCUUCUGCGUCUUCUUCUACGUCCUCUGCGUCUUCUUCUGCGUCUUCUUCUGCGUCUUCUUCUGCGUCUUCUUCUGCGUCUUCUUCUGCGUCCUCUGCGUCUUCUUCUGCGUCUUCUUCUGCGUCCUCUGCGUCUUCUUCUGCAUCUUCUUCUGCAUCCUCUGUGUCUUCUGCUGCGUCUUCUUCUGCGUCUUCUUCUGCGUCCUCUGCAUCUUCUUCUGCGUCUUCUGCGUCUUCUGCGUCUUCUUAUACGUUCUCUGCGUCUUCUUCAGCGUCUUCUUCUGCGUCUUCUUCUGCGUCUUCUUCUGCGUCCUCUGCAUCUUCUUCAGUAUCCUCUGUGUCUUCUGCUGCGUCUUCUUCUGUGUCUUCUUCUGCGUCCUCUGCGUCUUCUUCUGCGUCCUCUGUGUCUUCUUCUGCGUCUUCUUCUGCGUCUUCUUCUGCGUCCUCUGUGUCUUCUUCUGCAUCUUCUUCUGCGUCUUCUUCUGCGUCUUCUUCUGCGUCCUCUGUGUCUUCUUCUGCGUCUUCUUCUGCGUCUUCUUCUGCGUCCUCUGCGUCUUCUUCUGCGUCUUCUUCUGCGUCUUCUUCUGCGUCCUCUGCAUCCUUUGAAUCUUCUGCGUCCUCUGUGUUUUCUUUUGCGUCAUCUGCGUCUUCUUCUGCGUCCUCUGCGUCUUCUUCUGCGUCCUCUGCGACUUCUUCUGCGUCUUCUUCUGCGUCUUCUUCUGCGUCCUCUGCGUCCUCUGCGUCUUCUUCUGCGUCUUCUUCUGCGUCCUCUGCGUCCUCUGCGUCUUCUUCUGCGUCUUCUUCUGCGUCCUCUGCGUCCUUUGCAUCUUCUGCGUCCUCUGUGUCUUCUUUUGCGUCAUCUGCGUCUUCUUCUGGGUCCUCUGCGUCCUUUGAAUCUUCUGCGUCCUCUGUGUCUUCUUUUGCGUCAUCUGCGUCUUCUUCUGCGUCUUAUUCUGCGUCCUCUGCGUCUUCUUCUGCGUCCUCUGCGUCCUUUGCAUCUUCUGCGUCCUCUGCGUCUUCUUCUGCGUCUUCUUCUGCGUCCUCUGCGUCCUUUGCAUCUUCUGCGUCCUCUGCGUCCUCUGCGUCUUCUUCUGCGUCUUCUUCUGCAUCCUCUGCGUCCUUUGCAUCUUCUGCAUCCUCUGCGUCUUCUUCUGCGUCUUCUUCUGCGUGCUCUGCGUUCUUUGCAUCUUCUGCGUCCUCUGCGUCUUUUUCUGCGUCUUUUUCUGAGUUGUGA